UUGAUCAUCACUUCUGAGAGAAAACAUGGCUACUUUUACCAAGAUUCCGGACUCUGAGACCCCCGUGGUUUCAAUCAAUCCCCUGAACAAGAUCGCAAAGGUCGAUGAUAAUGUUUACGGAGGUUUCACCGAGCACAUGGGACGCUGCAUCUACGGCGGAAUCUACGACCCUGGAAAUCCCCUUUCGGAUGAGGAUGGUUUCCGCAAGGACGUGAUUGAAGCCUUCAAGGAGCUCAACUGCCCUGUUGUCAGAUACCCUGGCGGCAACUUUGUAGCUACCUACCACUGGCUUGAUGGUGUUGGUCCCAAGGAUCAAAGACCCGUCAGACCAGAACUUGCCUGGCUCGGCGAAGAGAGCAACCAAUUUGGUACCGAUGAGUUCUUGAAAUGGUGUGAGGUUGUUGGCACCGAACCGUACUUUGCUCUCAACUUCGGCACUGGCACACUUGAUGAGGCUCUUGCAUGGUUGGAGUACUGCAACUCUGAUAAGAACACUUACUACGCUAACUUGAGACGCAAGCAUGGCCGUGACAAGCCUUAUAACGUCAAAUACUGGGCUCUCGGAAACGAGAUGUGGGGACCAUGGCAGGUUGGUCAAAUGACCAAGGAGGCAUACGCAGACAAGGCCUACCAAUGGGCCAAGGCCAUGAAGCUGCUAGAUCCCAGCGUCAUCCUGAUUCUCUGUGGUGAAACCGGGUACAGCACAUGGGACACCUACGUCCUCAAGGAGUGCGUGAAAUGGGACACUCACACUCUGGGAGGCAGCACGACUGCCUCACUCAUCGACAUGCACAGCAUCCACAUCUACACAGCUUCAAACGACCACCUGAAGAAUGCGACAGCACCUCGCAGUGCUGAGCGUGCUAUCCAGAUCACUGGAGGUCUUAUUGACCUUGUUCGCAUUGAGAAUAAGGUACCUCACACAGUACCCGCACCCACAAUCUGUUUCGACGAGUGGAACGUCUGGGACCCCGUUCGUGCUCCUGGUGAUAUCGGCGCUGAGGAGAAGUACACGCUAUCAGACGCACUCGCUGUUGGUGUUUGGUUGAACGUCUUCAUUCGUCAGGCCAAGUACAUUGGCAUGGCGAACAUUGCACAAAGCGUCAACGUCAUCUCUCCUCUCAUGACAACAAAGGACGGUCUCCUCAAGCAGACGACAUGGUGGCCUCUGCUAUUGUUCUCAAAAUACAUGCGCGGCUGGACCGUAGCAGUCAAUGUACGUUGCGGCGAAUACGAGGGCGAGACCGAGCCUAAGUGGAUUCGCGGCACCAUCGAGACUCCCUGGUUGGAUGUUUCGGCUACCAUCAAUGAAGAGGGCAUUGUCAGUAUGGCUGUUGUCAAUGUUUCUGACAGCAAGGACUUCUCCACCAAGCUCGAGGGUGUCAACAGUGAUUCUGUCACAGUCUACACCGUCACUGGUGACAACCCCAUGGUUGCCAACACAGAUGGUAACGAAGAGGAGGUGAUCGUCAAGGAGACCAAGUGGGACAGCAAAGGCGAGUUCACCUUCCCCAAGCACUCAGUCACCAUGCUUAGAUGGAAGGCCUGAAGAAGCGAUACAGCAAAAGCUUUUCGUGUAUAUAGGUUGAUGAUGAUUGAGGAUUGGCAUUUAGAGGCAUUAUAGAUUCAAUGACUUUCGCAGGU